AAACACAGGGGAACACACAAUGCCCAGCUGGCUGAACCGCGGACAAGACCCGUAACUUCGUGUCAAUUUCGGCCUUCUUUGUUGUUAUGCUGCGUUUCACUUCGUGGAAUAUUAAACAGGCAUGCAGAUGAUUUCCUGCAGAGAAUGUAUAUCAACCACCCCAGCCAAACGAUGAGAGGCAUCCUGAAGAGGAAGUUUGCAGAGGUCGAUGACAAUCCCUGCUACUCCUCCUCCUCUCCUCCGUCCUCCCUCUCCUCCCCCGCCUCCUCAGAGUGGGAGUCCGACGGGGAGAGCAGCCCCUCUGACAACCAGGAUUUCGCACCUCACAGCCCUUCUUCACCCGCCGACUUACCCAUUCGGUCCAUCCUGAAGAGGCCUAAGCUUGCAGGCGCACAGAGCAACGUACGCUUUGACCAAGUGACGGUGUUCAGUUUUCCACGCUGUCAAGGCUUCACCAGUGUGCCCAGCCAUGGUGGGGCCACCCUGGGCAUGAUGCGGAGGCACUGCACCCUGCAAAGAUACACUGUGGCAGAGCAUGCACUGGAGCAACGGCACAGGCGCAGAGCGAGGCUCAGAGAGAGACUGAGAGAAGAGAGACUUAAUGCAUUUAAACACAAAUUGAUCACCAGUGGGGCCAUUGACCAGAAAGAAGCACACCGACUCACGGUGGAUCAAAUCCCAGAUGAAGACACUGACAUCCACGUCAGCGAUGCUGAGCUGGGGGACGGAGGUUUCCUUCAGCCGUACUCCUCCAGGCAGCGGCAGGCUCUCCUCCAGGCAGCGGGGGUGAAGCGCAUAGACAGGGAGGAGAAAAGGCAGCUUCACGCCCUGCGUCUGUCCAGGGAGGCCUGUGGAUGUGACUGCAGAGGCUUUUGCGAGCCAGAGACCUGCGCAUGCAGUCUGGCAGGCAUCAAGUGUCAGGUGGACCGCUUUAACUUCCCAUGUGGCUGCACUAAGGAUGGUUGUGGAAACACUGAGGGGCGCAUCGAGUUCAACCCCAGACGUGUGCAGACUCAUUACAUCCACACCGCCAUGAGACUCGAGCUGCAGAGACAACUGCAAGAUGAAACACCGAGCAAAGAGGACCAGACAAGUCUUCCAGAGGACCUUCAAGAGUAUGCGGACCAGGAUGAGGCCCAUUCGGUGCAGAGUGCACAGGACAAGGGCUGCCCCUUUGGCUUCACCGUGGAGGAGGAUGGUCUUCCUCUCACCAUGCCCACCACUCCUUCCUUUCAUUUCAUCCCAGAACGGUUGGUAGUGGAGGAGAACAGCUGCAGCAGCGACAUGACCGAAUCCUCUUGCUCCUCCUCUGACUCUGAUGCAGGAGGAUGCCUUAAUGGAAGUCAGAAUCUCCCUGAAGUUGAUGGAGGGUUGUCACGUGCCCUCAGCAUCUGUGACAAUAAUAACUACUCUCCAUGCAGCCAGCUGAGGCACACAGGAGAACCACUGACGCAACACAGCAGCAACUCUGCCACUUACUGCGCACCUACUGACAGUCGGGGACCACUGACAGCCGACACAUUCACAGACGAUAUAAACAGGACCUCACUGACAGAUUACCUCGAUGAGAAUGCAAACCAAGCCAGAGACUUCUUUGACGAUGACUCUCUUGAGGGCUUCCCCAACACUCCCUCCCCCACUGUGGACUAUUCCUCAGGCAGGUACAUGGACCUGAGUCUCUCCUCUGACUCCGACCUCGAGUUCUUCGACAGCGACUACACCUCUGGCCCUCUGCACAGCUCUUUCAAACUACACAGACACCUGGACAACUUUUGCCAACUCCAGCUGCUUAGCUCUGUUAAUUUGCCACAGUACGAGUCGAGCACCUACCUCCUGGAGUCUCUGAUCGGCCUGACUGAACCGAGCCCAGAGCAGGGUUAUGCUGUCAGCGAUAACCAGCUAUUAUAGCUGAUUCAAAGCGUUCUAGUGACAUAACAAGAAACUGAGUAAGAGAAUUUAAUGUAUAAAGCACUGCCUUUAUGUAUUUGUAAGAAUAUUUCAAUGUACAAAGAAUGAUUAAUAAAAUAUUUUUUUCCUA